AACGACAAAAACAACCACAACGGCCUAUGGAAUGAAAUGCAUAUCUAAACACCAUUUUAAAGCAUAGGAAAAAUUAAUUUGCACAAGACCAUCAAAUCAGAGAGGAAGAGGCGAUAUUUGAGAACGUUUAAACCUCAAUGUCCUCGUAUAUGAUUGGAUGACAGAAUAGGUUUUGUGACCACAUCCCAUUUAUAUAUUCUGUCAUUGGUCUGCUAUACAUUUAACCGGAUCCCACCCCUGUCUUCUUCGCUUCUGGCAUUUCUCCAUGGCCGCUGUACCUGCUGCUACGGGAGAAUGGCGGAGGUCAGUCGGAGAUUGGGGAGCGGACUUUACAGUUUUUCAGCUAUCAGAAACGCACCGAUUCACUCCAUCCCCUGCGCCGAAGGUCGACCACACGAAACGAUGUCAGUAGUAACAGCAGCAACCUCUAUAAUUGGAGCCAGAACCUGUAAAGCCAAGGUAACCGGCCAAGGGAUUUACUUAUGUCACCCGGUGUCAACAAGGGACAGUCAGGCGAGUUCCUGGGAACCGGAACAUAAAAACCUCAAAGAGAAUGCACAGGAAUGCACGGAUAUAGAGCACAUUGACCAAAUACUUUCUAGGCUUAAACACGAGGAGAGACUGGGGUAUGGGACAUUACUUUGGUCAAGUAGUGACUUGCUUUUAUUAGACAUUAAUGCUAAACCUGCUAUCAAAUUAGCAACUGUUCAGGAUAGUGAGCUCAGACGGUCACCUUUGAACCUGUGGCCCAGUGUACAGCCUCUGUCCCAGGGUUACCUAGUAACGGUGCACAGGAUGACGUGUUGGAAUAACAGAGGUGUUGUCAUGGCCACCUUACACCCUGAAAUCUUUGGGUUACCUCAGCAGCUCCGAGCAUUCAGCACGGUCAUGCUCAACCUCUCAGAGCACCAGUCAGGCCAGUUUAGACCUCACCCAGAGGUCUCCACCAGGGCUUACAGCUGGAGGAGCAAAAACAACCAGUCAGACUUCCCGCCGCUUCACAGGAGCAGAACGGCCUACUACGACAUCCUCCGAGUGUCCCCAAGCGCCACCCAAUCCCAAAUAAAGACAGCAUAUUACAAGCAGUCGUUCAUCUACCACCCAGACAAGAACCCAGACAACGAGGAAGCCACCCAGCGUUUCUCUGAGAUCAGCGAGGCCUAUAGCGUGCUGGGGAGCAUGGUCCUGAAGAGGAAGUACGACCGCGGCAUCCUCAGUGGGUCAGACGUCCAGGGGGUCGGCAGACCCUCGGACCGGGAGUCUACCUCCAGCAACAGAGCCUCUGGCCCACAGCAGUAUCAACAACAGCAGAGGUCCCGGCGGUUCUCCAACGUUGGAGGGAAGGCCAUGUUUGACUUUGAUGCCUUCUUCCAGGCUCACUAUGGAGAGCAGCUGCAGAGGGAGAAGGAGCUGAGGGCCAGAAGGGCCCAGUACCAGCAGAAACAGCAGCAGGAUUAUAAGCAGUGGAAGCUGGGGAAGAUGUUGGAGAUUACUGUCGGGGUGUUGCUGGCCAUGGGAGGGGUCAUCUUUUUCAGUAUCACCAGGUUAUUUUCACAGCAAACCGUUGACUUUUAACAAGAAUAGCAGAAACUGAUGUCACUAAUGGACUCUACUCUCCAUAGUGUCAUUAUCAGGACUGAUGCCAGGCUUUAGCCUACUUCCUUUCUACACAACUGAUUAUAGCCACAUGUACAUGGCCAAGCUAUUGUAAAAACUCAAUCAAACCACAGUCAGUUGUUUUAUACAGAGAGGAUUUAGUUAAGUAGGAUCUCCAUUAGCUGUUAUGCAUGCAGCAGAUACUCUUCCUGGGGUCAACACAUUUACAUUGACCUUUUAGUGAUGCAGCAGAUACUCUUCCUGGGGUCAACACAUUUACAUUGACCUUUUAGUGAUGCAGCAGAUACUCUUCCUGGGGUCAACACAUUUACAUUGACCUUUUAGUGAUUCAGCAGAUACUCUUCCUGGGGUCAACACAUUUACAUUGACCUUUUAGUGAUUCAGCAGAUACUCUUCCUGGGGUCAACACAUUUACAUUGACCUUUUAGUGAUUUAGCAGAUACUCUUCCUGGGGUCAACACAUUUACAUUGACCUUUUAGUGAUUCAGCAGAUACUCUUCCUGGGGUCAACACAUUUACAUUGACCUUUUAGUGAUUUAGCAGAUACUCUUCCUGGGGUCAACACAUUUACAUUGACCUUUUAGUGAUUCAGCAGAUACUCUUCCUGGGGUCAACACAUUUACAUUGACCUUUUAGUGAUGCAGCAGAUACUCUUCCUGGGGUCAACACAUUUACAUUGACCUUUUAGUGAUUCAGCAGAUACUCUUCCUGGGGUCAACACAUUUACAUUGACCUUUUAGUGAUUUAGCAGACACUCUUAUCCAGAGCGACUUAUAGCAGUACAUUCACCUUAAGAUAGCUAGGUGGGACAAUGACAUAUCACAGGCAUAGUAAGUACACUUUUCCUCAAUAAAGUAGCUAUCAGGUUGGUUGGGGGGGUUAUUUACGAUACUCUGAAGUGGAAGGGUUUCAGGUGCUUUCGGAAGAUGGGAAGGGCUUCAGGGGGAAGAU